AUGUUUGUUUGCUCAAAAUUAAAAAUUUUAUGUCCAAAAGUGAUCAAAAUAAUUGAUCAAAAUAAUCGUGGGUACACCAACGAUAGUCGAGUUCCUGGAAAAUACAAGGUGUUUGAUGAUACCAUGAAUCUCUUCGAAGUUUUCUGUGAUUUUGAUAUACAUUCAAGCACGACAUGGACACUAGUGCAAUCUUACCAACUCCAACAUGCCUCUCAGUUCCGUAAGUCAUUCAGUCAGGAUAAUCCGAGGAACCAAGACAAUCCUCGCUGGGAUUCUUAUAGUCUUUCAAAAUCUCGCAUGGCAUCAAUCAACCGAGACUCAAGUAAAUGGCGACAGACUUGUCAGUAUGAUACUCAAGGUGUAGUUUACACUGAUUACAUGGAAGGUAGCAAUGGAAAAAUUAAUAUUUUAACUUUCCAACAUACAUUCACAGGUGGUACAACUUGCUCUGGUGAUAAAAAUCAAGUCGACUACGUUGAUGUUCGCGGGCAUAACUGCACAAAAUGUACAGCGCCUAUUGUUCAGGCAACAAAUAAUCCUUUACAUUUGGAUACAUAUCGCUUCAGUUGUGAGUUCAAACCCACAGGAAGUUUAGGAUGUAAUGGUCGUGGUGAAGAUAAUUUUGGAUUGUAUGGGUGUGCAAAUUCAGCUCAUCGUUGUUCAUCUUCCCCAACAGCAACUACUCAGACAUGGCUUGGGGAUCACUGA